AUGACUCACCUACAUAAAAUUAUACUACCGAUAUUAACCAUCCUACAAUACUACCUAACAUUGGGCGAUACAGACCUCAAAGACCUUUGUUCCCAGCUACCUGAUGGUCACUUUCCUUCAAAGCCUGAGAACGUUUGUGCCUUCUCCGUGUCAUUUUCCGAGGAUUCAUGUGAUAAUAUUCCAAAAGAUUCGGUUCAAAGUGAUGUAGCUGUGUUUGAUGAGGAAGAUUUGCCGGAGGAGAAAGAUGAACCGUUCCUGGAGGGACUAGAUGCACCACCUGAGGAUGGGAAGUGGUGUUUCAUGGGUAAGGAAUAUAUUGAAAUUUUGGUUUUAAAGAUAGGUUUUAAAAAGAAAAUGGCAAAAACUUUGUUUACAAAGCUCUUUUUGUGCCAAGAAGCGUCCUGCAGACUGCGGGUGACAUGUUAUACGAUAAAGACCAGAAAGUAGCCAAAACUUUUGUAAAUCAAAAAAUGGCAAGAACUUUCUUUACAAAACAAAAAAUGGCAAAAACUUUCUUUACAGUGUAAAAUACAACCUAGUAAAAUCAUUCAAGCUCAAUUUUCACUAAAAAAUUUUUUUCAGCUUUAAAAACUGACUAUUUGAAAUGGAAACGACGUUAA